CGCCGCCACCGUCGGGUUCAGUCGUCGUUGUUGUCGUACCGUCGUCGCCGUCGCCGUCGCCGCGUCGCUGUCGUCGCCGUCCAUCACACGAUCUGCAGUGAUCGCGAGUACGCCGUACACAGACACGCGCCAGUCGCCGCACACACGCGUACGCACGCACUCCCCAACAACAAUCGGCCGAGCACGUGUUGUUCGCACGUCCGACGAGAAGGCGCACAAGAGCGGACGCGGACCCGACCGACCGACCGACUCGACGGCAAAUCGGUUGAAUAAGGAAUCAUAAUUGAUUUUUUUUUAAUUUGAUUCCAUAAGAUUCAAAUUUAAGAUGGCUGAAUUUCGAAAUUAUAAGAAUUAUCAAUCGGUUCUAAAGACGAUGCUAAGAAGGAAAAAGGAAUCUGAUUUGUGCACUGAGCCAACGAAAAAUCAACUAAGUCGUGUAUUAGGACUAGUAGACUUAGUUUCUCUUGGCGUCGGUUCAACUCUUGGACUUGGCGCUUAUGUACUAGCUGGAGAAGUUGCAUUUAAACAUACCGGGCCUGCAGUAGUUUUGUCAUUUGUUUUCGCAGCUGUAGCAUCGGCACUGUCAGGAUUAUGCUAUGCCGAGUUUGCUAGUCGUGUACCAAAAGCUGGGUCGGCAUAUGCGUUCAGCUAUGUUGGUAUAGGUGAAAUAGUGGCAUUUCUUAUUGGAUGGGAUUUAAUAUUAGAAUACAGUAUCGGAUGUGCUAGCAUUGCAAGAGCUCUAAGUGGGCAUAUUGAUAAACCACUUGGUUAUCCGAUGAGAAAUUAUUUUAGAGAAACGUUUCCAAUGAAUGUCGAUUUUUUGGCUCCAUAUCCAGAUCUUUUCUCGUUCACAUCAAUACUAUUGUUAACUUUGUUGAUUGCAUGGGGAAUGCGAGAAUCAUCUUUACUUAACAAGAUAUUUACAAUCGUUAACCUGCUUACAGUUUCCACAGUCGUCAUAACUGGAUUUUUUAAAAUUGAUUUUUACAAUUGGAACAUACCAAAAGCUGAUAUACCACCGAAUAUAGAACAUGGCGGAGAAGGCGGAUUUUUGCCAUAUGGAUGGUCCGGAGUAUUCGUGGGAGCGGCGACGUGUUUUUAUGGAUUUGUCGGAUUCGAUGCAAUAGCCACUACUGGUGAAGAAGCCAAACGACCUACAAGAGACAUACCUUUGGCAAUAGUUAUAUCGUUAUCCAUCAUCACGUUAUCGUAUUGCAGCGUAGCUAUCAUAUUGACACUCAUGUGGCCGUACUAUAACCAGGAUCCUGAAACUCCUUUUCUACACAUAUACCAACAGUUGGGAUGGCAUACACUGGAAUGGAUUGUUACAAUCGGAGCAGUGUUUGCUUUAUGCACAAACAUGAUCGGUACACUGUUUCCGUUACCCAGAAUAUUGUACUCCAUGGCUUCCGACGGGCUAUUGUUUCACAUUUUUUCUAAAGUUGAUUCCAAAACAAAAACUCCAUUUUGGGGUACAUUCAUAUGUGGAGCUUUUGCUGCGAUUUUGUCAAGUCUUUUCGAUCUACAACAAUUAAUGGACAUGAUGUCGAUCGGCACGUUGAUGGCAUACUCGCUCGUGUGUAUAUGCGUUCUAAUUUUGCGGUACACAGACGACGAUUCCGAAGAGUGUAAAAUAAGAGACAACGGCAAAUUCCGCGUAUCUCUCAUGAGACUAUUGUCAUCCAGUUUCAAUCUCCCGAAGUCGCAGAUUACAACGAAAAAUACUGGUCGUACUUCGGUCAUAAUAGUUAUGGUUUAUCUUGUUGUGUCCAUAUGCUUCUGCUCGUCCAUCUCGAUAGCGCAAAAACAAGGGAAGUUCAACACGGUCACGGGUACAGCAUGCAUAUUUUUCGGAGUGUGUUUGUUGGUGCUUUGCUAUUCAUUAUCGAGACAACCACAGUCUUCAAAUCGGCCUACAUUCCAUGUGCCUUGCGUCCCGUUCGUGCCGUGCCUGAGCGUUGUCCUCAACAUCUACUUAAUGACUCAACUGGACACGCCCACCUGGAUACGAUUCACCGUUUGGCUGUUUUUCGGCUUGUUGAUUUAUCUGUUCUAUGGACUUCGGUACAGCGUGGAGCGGUUGAACCAGCGGCGGAUUGUGGAUGAAACGUAUAUGAAACAGAUACGUUAUGAAAUCCAAGUCUAUUAGCUCAGGGGUGACGGCGGGGGUUGGGUCAGGGAGGGGGUGUAAGAGACAUCGUGGGCGGAUAUGUGUGUUUUGUGGGAGAGAGAUAGAUAAAGAUAGAACGUGAGAGUGUGUAGUGUGUGCAUAGUGCGUAUACGUGUGUACGUGUGUGUGUUUCAGUUGGGUUUAAAAAUAGAAAUAACGGAGCUAUAGAGUCAACAAUAAUUUCGUUAUUUGCUGUAUAAUACACCCACAAUACGUACACAUCGUUUUAUGCAUUUGUACAAAUAUAAUAAUAAUAAUAAUAUUAAUAAUAAAUGACUUUUUACCACUAUACCUUCAAAAUAUUACAAUAAUACUUAAUAAUAAUAAUAAUAUAAUCUAUACAAAAUGAUCCGAGGACAAUUUCAAAUUUUUUCCCAAUGUUGAUACAAGCGCCGCCAUCUUCAUAUUAUAAUCAUCGUCAUCGGCGGUAGUGAAUCUCCGAAAUUAUUAUUAAUAUUUUUAUUUGUUUGUUUGUUUGUUUGUUUGUUUGUUUUUUUUUUUAUCAUGACAGUUAUAUUUUUACAGAAACAACGUUAAUUAGUUUUGAUAAAAUGCGCGUCUUAAACGCGUCGUUAGGUACUCCUUUUUUUUUAAAUGUCAUGUCAAAAUACACCUGUGACUUCAUUUUGUUUAAGAUAUUAUCUGUCCUAUUUUUUUUUUAUUAUUAUUUAUUUAUUUAUAACUUUCAUUUUUAUUAUGUACAUUUUUGUUUAAUAUACGAAAUGAUGACUCGAUCAA